GGGAAAAAGAGGGGGAGAGAGAAGUGCAGUUGCAUUCCUGGAGAGAGAGAUCCCUGCCCCUUCCUCCUCCUUCCUCCUCCUUCCUCUCUUCCCUCUUGGUCUCCCAGCCGGCGGCGGCAGAGAGGGAUUUUCAACCCGGGCUGCAGAUGCGGGGAACAGGGCUGCAGAGUGGAGCACACACUGGUAGUCCGUAGAGGGAAGUUGUGGAAAGGAGCACCAUUUUAAACGCAUCCGAAAGACUUUGGAGUUUCUUUUCGGGCGCUCCGGGCGGUAACAUUUCAUUUUAAGAAAGUUAACUUUUUUUUUAGGAUACGUCCGUGUGGUGGUCAUGGGUUCCCAGCGGACACUCGGAGCCGGCCGGACAGUGCUGCUUCUGGCGGGGCUGCUCGUGGCUCUGUGGCACCGCUGCGCCGCAAGUUGCCCGGAGAGAGACUUGGAGGACAGGGAAGAAGAAGCUAACAUAGUUUUGACCGGCACGGUGGAUGAAAUAAUUAACGUAGACCCAGUGCAUAACACCUAUUCUUGCAAGGUCAGGGUGUGGCGCUACUUGAAAGGGAAGUCCAGCAUCAACCGUGAAAUCCUCCUGGAUGGUGGCAACAAGUUGAUGAUCGGCGGUUUUGGCAACCCAGGGAUCUGCGACAACCAGGUAGCAACAGGCGACACACGCAUAUUCUUUCUCAACCCUGCCCCGGAGGCCAUGGGGCCAGAACACAAGAAUGAACUUAUGCUCAACUCAAGUCUGAUGAGGAUUACCCUUCGCAACCUGGAGGACGUGGAGCACUGCGUAGAAGACAAACCUCCUCACUUCACACCGGCCCAGCCUCCUGAUGGCUGCAGAGGGAUGCUGUGUGGCUUUGGCGCUGUAUGCGAGCGUGACCAGACUGACCCGGGCAAGGCUCAGUGUGUUUGCAAGAGAGUGGACUGUCCGUCCUUGGUGGCGCCUGUUUGCGGCUCCGAUUCGUCCACCUACUCUAACGAGUGCGAGCUAGAGAAAGCCCAGUGCAACACACAGAGACGCAUCAAGGUUCUGCGCAAGGGGCCCUGCUCUCUGAAGGACCCCUGCACCGAGGUGACCUGCAGUUAUGGCAGCACCUGCAUCCAGUCGUCAGACGGCUUGUCUGCUAAAUGCAUGUGCCCUCUGGGCUGUGAGGGCAAGCUCGAGAAGACGGUGUGCGGCAGCGACGGAAAGGACUACCGCAACGAGUGUGAGCUCCAUCAGCACGCCUGCAAAAACCAGAAGAACAUACGGGUGCAAUACCAGGGGCACUGCGACCCAUGCAAAGACAGCGAGAACAGCCUGAACACCAUGUGCAGGGUGGAGGCUCUCACCCGCCGACCCCUUAUCAUCGGCCUGCCGGAGUCGUGCCCCCUGGGUAAUGAGCCUCUGUGUGCCAGCGAUGGCCAAACCUACCCCAGCGAGUGCGCCAUGACGGCAACGGGCAUGCAGAAAGGCGUCAAGCUCAGGAAGAUCCACGUGGGACGAUGCAGAAGACUGGAGGACUGUCAGGAGGAGUGUCUCUUCAACGCCGUGUGUCUGGUGGAACAGCUGAACGCCCGCUGCUCCUGCGACCCCAUCGAGUGCGAUGGCACCUACAAGCCCGUGUGCGGCAAGGAUGGCCAAACCUACACCAACGACUGCUUUCGACGCAAGGCGGAGUGUCUGAGCAGGACCCUUAUCUCUAUCAAGCAUCCAGGGCCCUGUGAUCUCAGCAUACCGAGCCCCUGCCUGGAUAAAGUGUGCGAACAUGGGGCGGUGUGUGUGGUCAAGAACAGCGAGCCAGUGUGCGAGUGCCCCGAGGCCUGCCCACAAACGUCCGACCCGGUGUGCGGAUCUGACGGCCACAGCUACGGCAGCCCCUGCGAGAUGCGAGCGAUGGGUUGUGCCCUGCAGAAGAACAUCCACAUCCAACACAAAGGACCCUGCGAUGAAGCUUGUGCCAACUGCUCUUUCGGGGCAAUCUGCGACGCCCAGAGCGGGCAGUGUGUGUGUGCAUCGGAGUGUGUGGAGUCCCACCAGCCUGUGUGCGGCAGCGAUGGCAGCACCUACAACAGCGAGUGUGAGCUGCACGUGCGCGCCUGCAAACAACAGAUGGACCUCCGAGUGGUCAGCCAGGGAGAGUGCAAAACAUGCGGCAACACUGUUUGUGCCUGGGGUGCCCGGUGUGUCCAGAAUAAGUGUGAGUGCCCACAGUGUUCGGGCGAGGCCCUCUCCCCAGUGUGUGGAAGUGAUGGCAUCACCUACGACAACGAGUGUGAACUCCGCACGUCCUCCUGCAUGCAGAAGAGGAGAAUUGAUGUGGCGAAGCCCGGCAGCUGCGACGAAGACUGCGGCUCAGGAGGGUCUGGCUCAGGCGUAGAGAGCUGCGAACAGGACCGCUGUCGCACGUUUGGAGGCUCGUGGGACGAAGACGCAGAGGACGACCGCUGUGUCUGUGACUUUAGCUGCCAGAGCGUGCCUCACAACCCGGUUUGUGGCUCCGAUGGAAAAAACUACAGCAAUGAGUGCCAGCUGAAGAAGGCCAAAUGUGAGAGACAAGAGCACUUGUUGAUUCAGAACCAGGGACCCUGUGCAGCGAUUUCAGCCACAUCUCUGCCUGAGCUGACAGCACCCCAGCACUGCAGUCUGUCUGUGUACGGCUGCUGCCACGACAACACGACGGCCGCCUUAGGAGUCGGGCUGGCUGGAUGUCCCAGCACCUGUCAGUGUAAUGCCUACGGCUCCUACAAGCGGACGUGUGAUCCAGCCACCGGCCAGUGCUCCUGUAAACCGGGCGUCGGGGGACAAAAGUGUGACCGCUGCGAGCCGGGCUUCUGGAACUUCCGUGGCAUUGUGACAGAGAACAUGAGCGGCUGCACACCGUGCAACUGCGACGCAACAGGCUCGGUCCGCGAUGACUGUGAGCAGAUGUCGGGUCUGUGUUCCUGCAAGACGGGAGUGAAGGGCAUGAGGUGCAACGUGUGUCCAGAUGGAAGCAAGAUGGGCAUGAACGGCUGCGACAAAGGUCCUGAGGCCCCGACUUCAUGUGAAGAGUUAGUGUGCAGUUUUGGAGCCACUUGCAUUGAAGUGGACAACCAAGCCCACUGCGAGUGCCCUUCACCUGACUGUGACGAGAAAAACAAAACCAAGGUGUGUGGCUCAGACGGGGUGACCUAUGCCGACCAGUGCCAGCUGAGGACCAUAGCCUGUAGACAGGACAAGGACAUCACAGUGCUACACUUCGGACAGUGCACAGAAACCAUCACUGAGCCGGCAGACCGACCCACCCCCAACCCCCUCGCCUCCCCCCCCAACCCCACCCCCGCCCCCCCCCCCCCCCCCCCCUUCCACCCUAACAUGGUGCAGGCCAUCCCGCCUCCAAGGACGGCCGAGAAAGAGAGCCCUGAGCACACCUCGUCCCCCACCCUCAUCUACAACCGAGCAAACCACCACCACCCCAUCCGCACCCAGCCGCCUCAGUCCACCGCUGCUGCCGCCACCUCCGCCCCAACUCCCUCCGCCGCCGCGGUCUCCUUUGAGGGAUCGGGCAGUGGGGAGCCAAGCGGGGACGACCAGACCGAAGAAGAGGAGGAGCAGGAAGAGGAAGCAGGUAGCGGCGUCCCACCAGAGGCCAGUGGGGCAGAGGAGCCUGUCGGUCCCACGUUGGCAAGCACCACUGUACCCACAGCUGAGGACAGGUCGUCCUGUGACAACACAGAGUUCGGCUGCUGCCCCGACAGCAAGACACCGUCCAGCACUCCAGAUGGCGCCAACUGCCCCUCCACCAUGAGGUUCGAUGGUUCCUUAAACUUGGACCAGGUGGAGGGCCAGGAGAUUUUCUACACACCCGAGAUGGACGACCCCAAGUCAGAGCUGUUUGGAGAGACGGCCCGCAGCAUAGAGAGUGCUCUCAAUGAGCUAUUCAGGAAGUCAGAGGUGCGUAAAGACUUUAUGAGUGUUCGUGUCCGGAACCUGGCACCCAGCAGCUCCGUCCUGGCCUUUAUCGAGGCCCACUUCAAACCAGAUACAAGAUACAGUAUGGACGACAUCGAAGGAGCCCUGCUCAAACAGCUGAAGGCGUCCAAAGACACCAGCAUCGCUGUGAAGAAGCCAGAGGACCAGAAUGUUCGCUUCACCAACUUUGCUUUGUUAUCAGGCCCCUCCUCCAUCCCCUUCUUCACCACCACUACCACUACCACGGCGUCAGUCACCACAGCUGCUCCCACCACCACCAGGCCACCGCCAACCACCCCGUAUGUCACCCGCAGGCCUUACAACAGCAGACGUACCACCACGACCUCUGCACCGGACACCACACCACCACCCACCACCACCACCACCACCAGGCCUCCUCCAACCACCCAAUUUGUCACUCGCAGGCCUUUCAAUGGCAGACGCAUCACCACGACCGCACUGCCUCCAGCCACCACCAUAGCCCACGUACGGGGCAAGUUUCACCACAAGGCCCAGAAGCCCUGCAACUCCCACCCCUGCCAACACGGGGGCACCUGUGAGGACGAUGGCAUCGACUUCAGCUGCAAGUGCCCUGCCGGACGAGGAGGCUCCGUGUGUGAGAAGGUGAUCAGGUACUUCAUCCCGUCAUUUGGGGGGCAGUCGUACUUGGCUUUCCAAACCAUGAGCGCUUAUCACACGGUCCGCAUCGCCAUGGAGUUCAGAGCAUCUGAGAUGACGGGCAUCCUGCUCUACAACGGCCAGGAGGGCAAGAAGGACUUCAUCUCCUUGGCUCUGGUUAACGGCAAGGUGGAGCUCAGAUUCAACACAGGUUCAGGAACAGGCACAGUGGUCAGCAAAGUACAAAUCAAUCAGGGUCGCUGGCAUCAGCUGGUGGUGACGCGCAACCGCCGCAACGCUAUGCUCAGCGUGGACAACGAGCCCCACAUCGAGGGCGAGAGUCCACGCGGCACGGACGGCCUUAACCUCGACACCCACCUGUUCAUCGGAGGAGUGCCCGAGGAAAUGAAGCAAGAUGUGAGGGAGAGGACUGAGGUGGCCACAGGUCUGGUGGGCUGCAUCCGCUUGCUGGAUGUCAACAACCGGGUGCUCAACCUGCAGGAGAACGGGGGCGACAGUCUGUACGGCAGUGGCGUGGGGGAAUGUGGCAACAACCCCUGCCUGCCAAAUCCCUGCAAGAACGGCGCCGCAUGCCAGGUCAAGGAGGCAGAGAUGUUCCACUGCAAGUGCAGCAAAGGAUUCUGGGGUCCAACUUGUGCUGACGUCCAUGAUCCAUGCGAGCCCAACAGGUGCCAUCCAUCGUCCCAGUGCCAGGCCAUGCCCGAGGGAGGCUACAAAUGCGAGUGUCCCAUGGGACGUGAAGGGAGACACUGCGAGAAAGUGGCUGAUAGGAGAGGAGCUUACAUGCCACUAUUCAAUGGUGACUCUUACCUGGAGCUGAAGGGGCUCCAUCUCUACGGGCAUGAUCUGCGUCAAAAGGUCAGCAUGACAGUGAUUCUCAUGGCCAACGACUCCAACGGUUUGAUCUUCUACAACGGCCAAAAAUCAGACGGAAAAGGAGACUUCAUCUCUCUGUCCCUCAAUGAAGGGAUCCUGGAGUUCCGCUAUGACUUGGGGAAGGGACCCGCCACCAUCAGGAGUAAGGAACCAAUCCAGCUGAAUGUGUGGAACACCAUCAACCUGGAGCGCUCCAACCGCAAAGGAGAGAUCAUGGUGAACAAGAAGGAUCCUGUCCGAGGAGAGGCACCGAAAUCACGCAAGAAUCUGCACGUAGAUCUUAACCUGAAAGAGUCUCUUUUUGUUGGCGGAGCUCCCGAUUACAGCCGACUAGCAAGAGUGGCUGCACUCACGGAUGGCUUCAAGGGAACAAUCCAAAAGAUCAUUCUGAUGGGCACCCCCAUCCUCAGAGAGGAGAACGCCCUCCGCUCCAACAACGUUGCCAUGUUCCAGGAGCACCCGUGUUCCCAGGAACCCUGCCAUAAUGGCGGCCGCUGCAACCCCAUGCUGGACACCUACGAAUGCGUUUGCCUCAGUGGAUUCUCAGGGGGACACUGUCAGAACACCAUCUACGAGAAAUCCGCCGGAGAGACCGAGGCCAUUGCCUUUGACGGGCGGACGUUCAUCGAGUACCACAACGCCGUUACAAAGAGUGAGAAGGCUCUGCUGGUGAACAAAUUUGAGCUGAGCAUCCGGACGGAGGCUACCCAGGGCUUGGUGCUGUGGAGCGGGAAGGGCGUGGAGCGCUCUGACUACAUCGCCCUGGCCAUUGUGGACGGACACGUCCAGAUGACAUAUGACUUGGGCUCCAAGCCUGUGGUGCUGCGCUCCUCGGUGCGUGUCGACACCAACCGCUGGAUACGCAUCAAGGCCAGCAGAGCACUUAGAGACGGCUCUCUACAGGUCGGCAAUGAGGCAGCGGUAACAGGGUCAUCGCCUUUGGCAGCAACACAGCUGGACACAGACGGAGCGCUGUGGUUGGGUGGUCUGGAGGAGCUGGCGGUGGCCCGUCGGUUGCCCAAAGCCUACAGCACCGGCUUCGUCGGCUGCAUCAAGGACGUGGUGGUGGACGGCAUGGACCUCCACCUGGUGGAAGACGCCUUAAACAGCCCCAAAAUAUUACACUGUCCCGCCGCCAAAUAACCCAGCAGAGACAAAAUAUCCAGAAAAACGGGGAAAAAAAAAAAAGAAAACCUCCCACUCGCUCCCUCCAUAGCGCCCAUGUCUCCUGCUGUAAUUAUUUUCUAUUUUUGUAUACUUUUCAUCGCUUUUUAUAUGGAAAGAAAAUGAAUAUGUUGUUUUAAUUUUUGUU